CAGGACCUCGUCUCCUCCUCCCCUCUCCAGGAUGACGCCCAGGACGCUGGUUCUCUUCCUUCUACAGGCUAUUCCUCCGUCCUUAGGUGUCCUGCCGGAGCCCUGGGUCAGCCAAACCGCGAAUUUCUUGGCUGAUUAUCUCCACUUCUAUGGCGUCGGGGGCGUGUACUACCUGAAGCCGGAUGAUUGGACGCCCUCCUGGUCUAACUUCGUACGCGGGACCUUCAAGUUAGGCUCGGGCGCGGCUGUGUUGAACUUAGCACGCAAUAAGUCCCUGAACUUGGCAAACCAUCCUACCAGACCCUUCCCUUCUCGUGCUGCCUCUUUUCCAUCCUAGGGAGAUUCGUCGUUUUAAUCAGAUCGUGGAAGGAGGCACCAGCGAGGAGAUAAGGAUCCUUUUGUUCUCCGGGAGUUCCUUCAGGGAUUUCUUGAAGGAGAUUUAUCUGCCGCUCCUGAAUCUGGUACAAAUAGCGGUCGUGAGUGAGAGCGGAAUCACUCUUUGGGAACAAUACCAAGUGACUCGAAGCCUUCCGAAGCGAGUCAACCAAAUCGGCGUGUGGCGUCCCUUUUCCAACGACCUCCUCUGCACGACUUGUGAGACGACCCUCCUUGGGGAUUCAGAAAAGAGGAACGACCAUAAUGCUGUCGCUAUGACUAACGGGUUGAUGAGUAAUGAGUUCAUGAGUAAGAGAGAGGGCGUGGUGAAGCAAGAGGGAAAAGGAGACCUGGUGGCGUUUCAGAAUGACGUGGCUGCCAGACGCACGGAUCUGGAGGGAAUCACGCUCAACUGCACGGCAGAAAAGUGGCGUCCGGCAACCAUUCUCACCUGGGAUGCGGACGGAGAGCUGACCGUGUCUGGUUCUUUUAUCGAAGUCGUUCAGUAUUUUCAAAGUAAUCUCAAUUUCUCAUGCAAAUGGGCGCGAUCUAAGGACGAGACGUGGGGUGUGAGGCGCCCUGACGGCUCGUGGAACGGCAUGGUGGGAGACCUGGUGGAAGGGCGUGCCGACGUCGCUGUGGGCGUGGCGCUGAGCCCAGACAGAGACAGUUCGGUGGACUUCACCCUGCAGAUUAACCUACUACCUCAUCAUCCGACGCCCCGGACUCAACACGGGGCUCACGUGGUCGAGCUACACGCAGGAAUUCUCCACGUGGUCUUGGGUCUCAGCUGGCGUCACUCUCCUGCUCACUGCUUGCGCUUUCACCCUCGUCACCAUGCACCAGCCGGGGAGUUCUGGCACUGUGCCUUUCCCCGAUGCCCUUCUUGUCGUCUUCGGUGCCAUGUGUCAGCAAGGAUCGACUUUCAAAGCCUACGGGACGCCCACUCGCAUCGCCUUCCUCACGAUCUUCCUCUUCGGCACCGUCCUCUACAUCUUCUACUGCACCUUCCUCAUCUCGGCGCUGUCCGUGGUUAAGAGUAACCUCCCUUUCACCAACCUGGCCGGCCUCCUUCGGGUUGGGACGCACCAGCUGGUUGUCGCGUCGGGGACCAUCGUGGAGGCGACGAUAAAGACGUCAACCUCACCCUUAUACAAAAAAGCGUGGCAGAACAUUCUCGAUGGAAACCCAGACAGCUUCGCCAGCCACUACACCGACUGUGCUCUGCGUGCCCUGAAGAGAAGACAUGCCUGUCUGCUCGAGAUCUCUGAGUAUAUGUAUGAACACAGCAAGAAUCUUCAGCUCGUUGCUCUCACAGAAGAGAAGUACGGACGAUUCAGUGUUGGAAUCGCGGUGGCUGACAAGUCUCCUCUCAAAGACCUGUUUAAUGUGCAACUCGUGAGGAUGAAGAUGACAGGAAUCCUCGACAAGAUCAUGACGAAGUGGAGGAUCGAACCACCUGUGUCCACCUCCACCUCCGUCCCUGCCAUGAGUAUGGGUUCCAUGGCGUCGGCGUUUGUGAUCAUGACCAUCGGCGCGCUCAUGGCCGCCGUGGUCCUGGUUGGAGAGCUUGUGGUCUGGAGAUGGUCUGGCGCGACGUCGAAAUUAGUCGACAUUUCAGUGAAGCCUCUGUAUACCGUCGGAUAA